CUCUGACCUAUACCCAUGUGAGGCACCAAUAACACUGGGUGGUAUAUUCUGUCGGCUCCCUUUCAGCCUACCCAGCCCUCUGCUUAGCUUGGCUUUUUCCUUCCCCUGCGUUGCUUUCCUUUACCCCACCGUCCCAAUGCUGCCACACUGGCAGGUCCAAAUUCUGCAACACCUGUGAAUCUUUCAAUGUAUGCUUGAUUUUCCUUUUCUUUUUUUUUCUUUUCUUUUUUUCUUGAAGAAAUUUCACCUGUGGAUUACACGAGUAUGGCAACAAGACUGUGAUCAUUGAGUGGAAAUGGAAUUAUUUAAUAACUUGGACAAGUUUUACAGAUAAGUGGACGCUGACCUGAUUUUUUACUGAAGCUGUGAUUUUUCCCAUUCGCUUCUGCAUGAGGAGGCUUGACCCCCAACUCAAAGGAUUAUAGCUAAAUUUGUCUCCAUAUCACCAUGGCUGAAGCCAGUGGAGCCAAUAGAGCAGCUGCACCGCAGACAAGCUCCCUUAAGUCCACCAAAGGUCUGGGGCUACUCGGGAAGCUGAAAAUGUCUGCGGAGCUGCUGAUUGCCCUGGCUGCUCUCCUGUCCUGGGUGGUGGUGGGAGUGGUGAUGUUCGACUUCGUGGAGUACAAGGCAGUCCCUGACAUUCAGCAAAUAGUUUCAGACCCCGUGCAAGCUGUAAACGAUGCUGUCGAUGAAGUGUCCAGUCUGUUCAAUAAGUUUCAAGAAUGUGCUCCUGAUUUAAGUGACCCCAUGUCAGCUGCCACUUACGCAGCUGAGGAAAUAUCGGACGCAAAAGAUGGAUUUGUUCGCUAUUUUUCAGAUGACGAAGGGAAAUUCUACCUCAGCUAUGUUGACCCUGUGGUCAUCGGGAGACAAGCUUUCCAUUCAACCAAUGAUUUCAUAAAUGGAUAUGCAGGCACCUUCAGGGACACACUGUGUGCUAUCGUGGACACUAUAUCUGACACAUUAUUGGAUAUAAAUAAAGGAAAAAUGUACCUUAGCUACACUGACCCUGUGGUUAUAGGCAGAGGUGUCUUUCGUGUUACUAAUGACUUUGUGUGUGGAGUUGGGGGCUACAUCCAAGAUGUGCUCUGUGCCAUUUUGGACACAAUUCUGGAUGUAGGGAAAGGAACCACGGAGAUAAGCUUCAUGGACCCUGUGGUGGUUGGCAGAAACGUUUUCAGUGCUACUGAUGAAACCGUGAGUGGAAUAGUGGGCUACAUCAAGGACGUGCUCUGUGCCAUCAUAGACAGUAUACUGGAUAUAACAAAAGGAACCACUGACAUUAGCUUCAUUGACCCUGUGGUUGUUGGCAGAAAUGUCUUCAGUGUUACUAACGACUUUCUGGGUGGAAUAACAGGAUACAUCCAAGACGUGCUCUGUGCCAUCUUGGAUGUAAUACUGGACACAGUAGAAGACAUCCAGCACGCUAUGGGAUUCAGACCCAUGUCAGCUCUGAAGAGAACAGCAGAAAUCAUCACAGAAGAGAUAGACAUGCUCUGGAGCUACGUCUCCACAACUCUGAUUGGUGAACAAGGGGUCAUGCCUGAAGUGUCUGUUGACCCCAUGAAAGUUGUUGAAGAUGCCGUGUUGGAGUUCACAGACAAGAAAGAUUUGUUCGUAGCUUACAUGUCGAGCAUGCUUGUUGGUGAUCAAGGUGAACCUGUUGCCACACCUGUUAUAAAUGUUGUUUCUGAAAAAGAUGAAACUGAGGCUCCCCGAUCCCCAUCUGAUAUACAUUUGGUACAAAGGAAAGGUGAAUUCCUGCCACCUUUUGAAAAAGUUACAGAGAUUAUGAAAGCUGCCAAAGAUGAUGCUGCUGCUGCUGCUGCUGCAGAGUUAAGUGAAGCGCCGGACUCAAAGAUCGAGGAGGAGGCUGAAGUUCCCAUUGAAACUACCAGUGAAGCUGAUGGGAAAGAGGCGGAGGAUGUGAAACAUGUCGGCCUUGAAGAAACUGAACAUGAACCAUCACUGGAAGAAGGAGAAGAGGUUGACAUUUUGGGGGAGGAUGCUGCUCAUGACAAGGAGGAAGAAGAGGAGAAAGGUUUUGGUACAGAAGAAGAGGGAGAUAUUAAAACAGAAAUUGAAGAAGAAGAUACACAGGAGCCACAAACUGGAGAAGAGGUGGUAGAAGCUGAGGGGGAGGAAGAGAAGACCAUAGACGUUUUGGUACAAAGAGAGAAGGAGGAGGAAACAACAACAAAAAAAGAUGCAGAAAAAGAUGAGGAGAGGGAAGAGGAGACCAAAACGGAAGAUUUGGUAGAGGAGGAGGAGGAGGAGGAGGAAGAGGAGGAGGAGGAGACCAAAGCUAAAGAAGAGGAGGACACAAAAACUGACGUUCUGGUAGAAGAUGAAAAGGAGGAAAAGAAAGAGGAGGACACAAAAACUGAGGAAGAGGCUGAUGAGGACGGGAUUAAAGAUGAAGAUCUUCAAGUUGGUGAAGAAAUGGACAAAGAAAACAUUGAAAUACCUGACACCAAUGUCAAAGCUCAGUUUGUAAAAACUGACCAAGACGAUCAGGCUUUAGAUCUGGACGAUGAUGAGGCUUUGGAAGAGGAGGAAGAAGGAGAACAACUGGACAAAAUGGAGGUGGAUGAUGAAGGCAAAGAGCCAUUUGUCCAACAACUUGAUCUGAAAAUUCUGUUAGCUGAAAAACCUGAUAAUGCCGAUGUAGUGCCUGAAUCGGAUGAUGAGGAAGAAGAAGAAACACUGGUUCACGACCAUGACGAAUACAAUGACAUCAUCAACGAUCAUCGUGAUGAAAACAACAACAAUAGCGAAAGUGGGAAAACUGAACUGAAACAAAAGAGGAAGGUUCAUACUCCGUUUGAGAGGCUCAGAAAACUUGGAUCCAGAGCUGCUCAAAAAAAUCACCUUCACAAACAUGAGAAAGUUCUCAAAGAAGCAAAAGAAAGACAUGCGAUGAAAGACGUUAAAGAUGCCAUUAUUAAAGACCUCAAAGCUGUAGAAACUGAAAAGGAGAGAAGAGAAGAGGAGCUAAAAAUUGAGGAAACCAUAGAGAUGAAACUAAAAGAAGAAAAGCUAAAGGAGGCGUACAAACCCCUUGAAAAGAAACCACUGAAGCCCAAAGAAAAAGAGCCUAAGGACAAGGAAGAAUCUACAAAACCAUCCACAGCAGAGGCAGAAGUAAGGAAGCUUUCUAAGCAGAAGGAUGAAACAGCUGAACCUAAAAAGAAGAGACGAGUGACAAAAGACUCUGAAGAAAAACCAGAACUGAAGAAACAGCCUAAACAACAGAAAGAAGUCAAGAAACUGCCUAAAGAAGAGAAAGAAGUUGAGAAACCAUCUAAAGAAAAGAAG